AGGAAGCAGGAGGCAGGUCAGACCCUUGCUGGGCACUCACGUGAGGCCACCACUCACCAUGCACAUAACCCAGCUCAAUCGGGAGUGUCUGCUGCGCCUCUUCUCCUUCCUGGACAAGGACAGUCGGAAGAGUCUCUCCAGGACUUGCUCCCAGCUCCGAGAUGUGUUUGAGGACCCCACCCUCUGGUCCCUGCUGCACUUCCAUUCCCUCACAGAGCUCAAGAAAGACAACUUCCGGCUGAGCCCUGCACUGCGCAGCCUGUCCAUCUGUUGGCAUUCCAGCCGUGUGCAAGUGUGUAGCAUCGAGGACUGGCUCAAGAGCGCCUUCCAGAGGAGCAUCUGCAGCCAGCACGAGAACCUGGUUAAUGAUUUCCUCCUGCAGGUGUGCAACAGGUGCCCCAACCUGGCGUCCGUCACGCUUUCGGGCUGCGGCCACGUCACGGAUGACUGCUUAGCGCGACUGCUGCUCGGCUGCCCGCGCCUGCGCGCGCUGCGCCUCGAGAACUGCGCGCGCGUUACCAACCGCACGCUGGCGGCGGUGGCCGCGCACGGGCGCGCGCUGCAGACAUUUCACGUGGACUUCUGCCGCAACGUGAGCGCCGCCGGCCUGCUCCGCCUACGCGCCGCCUGUCCGAACCUGAUCCUGAGCGCGGAACACAGCGCGGCCAUGAUACCGGAUCAGCCGCCGCGUGCGCGCGCAAGCCCUGCCUCGGUUUUCUCGCCUGCACCGGGGAGACAAAGCGCACCUCAUCCCACGGGUUUCUAUUGAGAAUGUGCGCACUAUUAAACGAGCGGAUGCCAGUAAAGCGUUCUGUGGUUCUCUUUAAACGUCUGUCCCACCCCCGCGGCUCCUGUAGGGCGCGUUCUUACUCGCCCUAGCGGCAGGGCUGUGUACUAGGUUGGCGAGGAGCCUCCGAAUGGCCGGAGGAAGAACUCAAAAUGAGGGCUUCCCUCGCUGCUCUUUGCCAGACCCUGCAAGAUGCACAAGCCAUUCUAGCAAACUCACUCCCGUCCCUGCAUGGCUGAUAGUUACCAAUAUUUCUCCUGUUUCUCACAGGGGGGGAAAAUGCAUCACUUUUUAAAAAGACAGCAUUUAAAGAUAAAAGUAGUAGCCCUAGUUAAAAGUACUUAGAUAUGAAACUAUUAUUAGUUGAUGCAAAAUUUCUGGACUUCUAGGUCAACUUCACUUUAGUCGUCGAGUCCCCGUGGCCAGGACCCUCUCAGUUCACACAGCGUCCCUCUCUAGGCAAUGGACGGGCAAGCAGGCUAAAUGAACGCAACCAGGGGGUGCUUCUCUGGCUGCCAGCAAUAAUCAAGACUCCUUCAUUUAUCUGCAAUCAGGCCUUUUCAGUUUUCUGAGAAGUGGUUUUCCAAUCUCUAUCCACAGGUUUCUUAACAUAUUGCCCAAAUGGAAAACAAGAAAAAUUCUGUUCUGUUCGCACGGAGCCUCUGUUCUUGUGGAGACAGUAAUUAGUACAAAAGGAGGCUCUUGGGGUGGAUGGAGAUGACUCCGAGAUUGAUGGCAACCCUGGGGGUGGGGAGGCACUCAGAAGGGGUUAACCAAACUAAAUCUCAUGGAGAAGGUGACAUUUGAGCCAUGAAACAAGACAGGAAGCCGAGCAAGCCAUAUGGAAAGUGUUACAGUCCAAGAAACUGUAGGGCACCAAGACUAGGAGCAUGCCAUACCAGGGCUGUGCAACAGACAUGAGAUCAGCAUGGCCGAAGCAGGGAGAGGAGUGGAGAACAGGAUGGAAGGAACUGUGAAGGACAGAUUAUGUGGAGGAUAAAAUGAGCCCUUGGAGGUAACCUCAUGCCAGCAGGAGCCAGACCACCAAGCACAAGGAAAGCCUGUGAAGUUCCACUGAACAACAUCCGGGCACAGCCUCCAAGGGCUUCCCCGGGGACUGCAGAGAGGCUUUCCUGCCGCUGCCAGGCUCUGAGUUGCAGCGGCGCCUAGCAGGUCCUGGUCUAGUAUAAUGUCUUCUAAUCUUUGGGAAGGCCAGUGGAUCGCCCAGUGGAGUGUUCCAACUGUGAUGCCUACAUUCCCAUUGGCAGGCAGAGCUCAGCAAACCCAUGACACCCUCAGGGAAGGUGGGUAAGCCACUAAGCCUGUACUGACAGCAAAACCAGAAAACUGGGCUCUAAUUUCCCAUCUGUCUCUGAAUGAAUGAACCCUUCAAUGUAGUUCCCUGCUUGCUCAUACCAGGAAACUUGAGUGCACAGCCUCUGCACAAGUCAGGCCUCUUUCUUGGCUGGAAACUGCCCUAAGAUUACCAUAUCAAGCUGGAGGCUGGAGUCGACAGAGACCAGGGCCAGGAGUGCUUAGAUGGUGGGCUCCAGAGUCCCUGGGAAAGUCUGAGGUGGGACACAGGGGGCAUGCACCAGUGUCUGCACUAGCUGAGCCUCCUGGAUUCUACUAUGGUAGUGCUGACCUGACAUGUAGCACUUUUCCCAGAUCUGUAAAGGGAAGACCAGAUGGCCCCUAAAACCCCUCUUGCCUGCUGCUCUCCCAAUCAAUGUCUAACUCAUGCUUUUUGCUAAAUACUGAGCUUCCAGACACAGACAGCUUCCUCUGGCAAAGGUCACACUCUGAGAGAACUGGAACUAACUCACUUGUUCAUGGACAUCUGGGAAAAGCUUGAGUUUUUGAAGGUAGAGGGGCUUAUGUUUUCUUGAGGUUGAUUAAGGGCAUAAAUCUGCAAGUCUUUGUUAACUGAAAGAGGCCAGCAAUCACAGAAACACACAAGUCACUACAGGAGGGAAUGUUAACCCGGCAAACCAAAUCCCUGCCCUGAGGCCCAAUGGUUGCUCUACAGAUAAGGGACUUCAAGAAUCAAGAGGAGGAAAACAAACACAAACAAAAAAACCAGAAAGCAAACAGGCAGGUUUCUAGCCAAGAGGCAGCAUGGUGUAAAAGUCCAUCUGCAUCUCUGCAGACCUGAGACAGAGGUUAGGUUCAUCUUGCACCAUCCUGCUAGAGGCUCCCACACUCUCCAGGCAGAACAAAUUUGGUGUCAAAGGCCGGAAUCCAUAGGUUUAAGGCAUUAUUUUCAGUUAUAAUAAACUGAGACCCACAGAAGCUACACUCUCAGCUCAGUAAGAGGGAAAGCAGAGCCUAGAGGAGUCAAAGGGACCACAACCUCAUUCACAUGGAGCCUUAUUCUCUGAGUGAAACUCCCUGGCCCAGAGGCCCAAGAAGGGCCUUUCUAUUUCAAGCCCAGACUUGAAAGCAUGUCUUUAUCUCGAAGCCCCGGCAUCCCCCAGGAACUUGAAUCUUUCUUUAGUGUCCAAUUCCAUACAAAAACUUCAAUAAAAUGAUGCCUGAAUUCGUUAUCAGGGAUUUUCACUCAGAUUCCAAAAGACAAACACCUGCCUUUCCACUGAUAAAUUCUAGCACUUGCCUUCCUGUUUCUCUGCCUGCUACCUUAUUUGAGCAUGCUGUCAGCAAUAGCCUUUCCCUUGAGUCCACAGGAAGCAUCCUGUGACACAGAUUAGGUGGGAGGGAAAGACAAGCUGCCCACUAAUCUCCAACUUUCUGGUACCCUGCAGCAGGAGCCUCACAUCCAGUGGGCUCCUCUCCCCGCAGCAUCCUCUGCUGACGUUCUUGCACAGAUGAGCAACUCCCAAUGACCACAAGGGCUGGGUUUCCAAAUGGGGCUCUUUCUCAGGCCCUCAUCCACACACUAACCCUUACAUGAAUGUACAUAGUCAGCCCCUCAUCCACAGCCACUUACUGAUGUGUGCUGAAUCCCUGCACAGCAGUCCCUCUGGACCACUGUCCCUUUCGCUGCUCUUUGGUGCCAUCAUGGCUCACUGUCUUCUUUACCACAUGGCACUGGCACAGAGGUGCUGCCUCACACUAGGUGCGCUGAGGCUUUGCAGGAGGAGGGGGGACGGCCAAAAGGCUCUGCUCUAGGGCGAGAGAACAAAUUGAGAGAAUCAGGAUGCCAGAACAAAGGGAAGGAGGCACAGGAGCCCUGGCUUCUCCACAUGGUCCUGUGGUCCUUGGUAGGUUUCUUUUAGAUGAACUAUGUCCCCAGUUCUUGAAUGGCCCAAAGAGCAAAGGGACACUGGCAGACAGGGCACAUGUCUGCUUCAGCUCCCAGCCUGAGGCUCGCCUGGAUCAACAGCAGCCCCCAUUCUGAUUCCUGAAUCUGCUUUAUUUCUCUGCAUAAGGAACCCUGCACAGGCGAAUCAAACUAAAACAAAAUAAAUAUAUGAAUAUCCAUGUAAAACUGUCCUUUCUAAUGAACAAUUAUACACAAUGUACAAUUUCAUUUUCACUGGGUGGGCUUACAAAAAUGUAUCAUUCUCAACUAAAAAUGCACCAAAAUGGCUCCAUGCAAACUUACCCAAAGUGACCAAAAAUACAGAGGAAAACCUGACUGAGCAGUUUGUUUCUGCUUUUUGUUUUGUACAAUCACAGAAAAAUAAAACCAUCUAAUUUCUUUGUUUCAUUU